AUGAGCGAUCGAUUCAUAAGUGAGCAGGAAUUGGAUGAAGCGAAAAAACGGCGGCAGGAAGAAUGGAACAAAGUUAGAAAACCUACUGAUCCAGAAGAAGUGCCAGAAGAAGAAGUUGACAGCAGACCUUUGUAUGAUCGUUUAAAAGAAGUUCGCGAUCGAAAACAAGCAGAGUAUGAAGAAGAACAUAGAUUUAGAAAUAUGGUUAGAGGACUUGAUGCGGAUGAAUGUGAUUUUCUUUCUGGAGUUGAAAGUCUUAGAGCCAAGCAAGAUCUCGAGAAAAGUAAGGAAGAAAAAGCGCUUUUGAGCGAAAUUGAUCGUGCUCAAGCACGUAAAAGCGUAGAAGAAAAUGGACCAUCAAUAUCAGAUUUACGUAUAAAAUCAACUGGUGGUAUAGCACCAAAAGAAAAUAAACAGGCUGCAAUACUUCGUAUGGCGGUUAAAAGAAAAAGUGAUGUUGGAAUGGACAAAUGUAUUGAGAAACGACCGCUAAGUUUCAUGUCAGACAGUAUAACCUAUCCGUCUGCACUUAAAGUAAUUGGUGUUCUUCCUGGAAUGGCGAAUUAUGCAUCUUCAAGUAAUUCAAAUUCGGACUCAAAUUACGACAGUGAUUCGGAUAGUUCCAGUGAUUUACCUAUUUUGCCAGUGCUCAUUCCGAGUGAGAAAGAAGAUAAAAAUAAAUAG